AUGUUGCGCGCCCAAAGGCUUUCCUCGGUCUUCGCGAAACAUGUUCGCACUUUUGCAACAGUAACACAACCUUCUCAGGUCGGAAUUGUUCGACCUUCAGCUCAAGAGGUAAAGAAUCAGACUCUGGACUCUAGAAAUCUUGAGAAAGCUGUGCGACACAUGCACAAAGAUGGCUUAGUUGUUGUGGAAGAUGUUGUCCCUCACGAGGACAUCGACAUCCUCAACAAGAAGAUGAUUGAGGAUGCUCAUACCCUACAGGCUCGGGGUGACAAGGGACCUUUCAACUACAACAAGGGAAACAUUCAGCAAGAUGCUCCUCCUGUUUCUGAAUACUUUAGCCCCUCUAUCUUCACAAACCAAAUUGCCACACAAAUCACUACUGCCAUGAUGGGCCCUCGGCCAAAGUGGACGUUCUGCUCAGCCAACUCUGCAAUGGCAACUCUUCCUGGAGGAACUCCUCAGCGCCAGCCCGUUCAUUCAGAUGCAGACUUUGCACACCCAGACCAUCCCUUUGCCCUUGUCGUUAAUAUUCCCCUGGUCACAGCUACACCAGAGAAUGGGUCCACAGAGAUCUGGCUUGGCACCCAUAAUGGGUUUGUUCUUGAUGCACAAGAAGGUGCACAUGGUGAGAGAGCCAGCGGUCGCAUCAGAGAAGAGCUCCUGCGACAACGUCAAGAGGUCUCACCGCCCUUGCAGCCCAUCAUCAAGAAAGGCAGCAUCGUCGUGCGCGAUCUUAGACUCUGGCACGCUGGCAUGCCCAAUACUACGCAACAGACUAGGGUGAUGCUCGCCAUGAUCCACUUUGCGCCGUGGUUCAGGAACAGAAUGAGACUUGAGCUGGGUGAAGACAUAAAGCCUAUUCUAGAAGGUCUAGAAAAAGAGGGAAAGCUGGGGUUGGAUGUGCCAGUGGAUUGGGCGAGCAGGGAGGCUGUGCUUGAGGGUUACCUGAACCGAGGAUUCGGGAAUAGCUAUGAUUUCAGCCAAGAAGCUUGA